ACAAAGGAUAGUUUUCCCGGCGAAAAAAGGCACAAAGAGGCAUUCGAAGCACAUUGUAUCUGAUUCAAUGUGUUAACCGAAGCAUUUAGACGGUUUUCCGAAAAAGUGACCUGUUAGCCGUCAGUUACCCUUUAAUUCCUGACUUAAUACAAGCUGCUGGUGAUGGCAUGAACAAAGCUCGACCCUGUUAAGAAUGUUGCCAAACCUUGAGCGGAAGGAACUUAUCGGAAGCGGGAGUUUUGGGAACGUUUACAGAGCGGAAUUGGAUGGUAAACCAGUAGCAGUGAAAAUCCUUCAUGAACGCUACUUCAGAGAACCUCACAGCAACAACGAAUGUUUGAAGAAGUUCGAAGCGGAGUGCAAAAUUCUUCAAAAACUCCAGCAUAUGAACGUGGUUACGUUAUUGGAUUUUAUCAUUUCACAUGCUUCACCGCCAAUGCUGAUAACUGAACUCUUGGAUUGUGACUUAGGAAAGCAUAUUCGUAAUUGUCAUCCCGGGAAGAUUCCAUUUUCAGAAACUGUCUCGAUUAUGUUAGACGUAGCGGAAGGUCUUGCGUAUCUUCAUAAGCAAAAUCCACCGAUAGUUCACCGAGACGUGGCCAGCAAAAACAUACUUCUUACCAAGGAAAGGCAGGCAAAGAUUGCGGACGUCGGUCUUGCCAAAGUGCUUCCAAAAGACGAAAAAAAAUAUUGUUCUCCUGUACCCGGAACGCCAGUUUAUGCUGCACCAGAAACAUUUUACCCAGACUAUGAUCCAAGGUUUCCCAAGUCAAGGAAGGGCCGAUCGCGUGUAGAAUAUGACACCAAGAUUGACAUAUUUUCACUCGGAAUCACUUUGAUGGAAGUUAUAAAUGGAAAGCUACCUAAUCCUCAGCCAGGUGAUGGUCCUUUUACGAGCGAUGGUGUACAGAUCCCAGAAAAGGAUCGUCGUAAAGGUGACAUCAAGAUGAUGGGUGAGCACAAGCUGAAGGAAAUUGUGUUUCUUUGUAUAGAGGAUUCCAGUGACAAAAGACCUAGUGCUGAGAAGCUCACUGAAAUGCUUCAACAAGAAUGUUCAAAAAUCGAGCAGAAGAAAAUUAUUGCAAACAGAGCUGUAGGAGAAAUCCCAGUUAUUGAAGUCACAGUUCUCGGGAUAUCACAUGUGGGAAAGACAUGUCUUAUUUCAAAAUUUGUUGACCACGUGUUCCCUGGUGCGGUAGUUGCCACAAUUGGUUGUCGUUAUGAACAUGUUCCCAUCAAAAUCCGGAGUAGAGACUUUAAAAUGAGAGUUCAAGAUACUGCUGGACAGGAAAGAUUUCGCCAUUCCCUCAUUCCAACACUAAUUCGGCGGUCUCAGGGAAUCCUCCUCGUAUAUGACGUGAACAACCCUUCUUCUCUCUGGGAAGGUGUUCCUGAAAUGUUGCAUUUUAUCAAUCGGGAAAGACCGGACAUUCCGAGUUUGCUUUUAGUGGGCAAUAAGGCAGAUUUGAUGGAAAGCGAGCAGAGUGAACUUGUUGUUUCUAAGGAGGGUGAACAUUUUGCUCAAAAUUGUGGAAUUCCCUUCAUUGAAACUAGUGCAAAAAGUGGAAAAAAUGUUGAAAAAGUGUUUGAAAUGAUUGCAGAGAAUAUCUAUGAUUAUUUGGAUUUGUCUGAUAUUGAUACCUUUAUCUCAAAUGGCAGAGGAGAUGCAAUCACAGUCAUGAAUGAUCCUCCACGUGAACGAGGUUUCCUUGAACAGAUUGGCGACUGCUUUAGGUCUGGGUGGAACUGGUUCAAAGGAAUAUUUAAUAGAGGCUGAAACUAUUCACAAGAUGGAAAUAACCAUUCACAAGGUGACUCAUAAAACCAUAAUUUACUGGAAUUUAGAUUAGUCUGAUAUUGAUGUGUAUGCUUGUAGCAGAGAAUUAGAAAGUAUCCCAAAAUAAGGUGUCAAAUUGGUGGUCACAGAGUUAGAUUAUUGCAAGAUUAAGGUGCUACUGAACCUUCACUACAAUAGUUAAAUGACUUUGCAGAAAAUUGAAUGUUAAUGUUUGCAAUUUUCAUACAUGGUAAAAAUUAACUUUUAUUUUGCCAAUAUUCACAUGUCACUGCCUAAGUGAGCUUAUAUACAAACAGGCUUCCCUGGUCAAUCUCACAAUCAGUUAAACUGAAUUAAAUUCAAUAACUGCAAUAAGUGCAUUCCCCAAUAAAAAUAUUUGCAUGACUCGCAUUUUGGCAGUAACAACUAUGACUGUUCUUUGUUGACUCCCAUGUAUUUCCUAGCAAAGAUUUCUCAGAUAACAGUUCUAAAUUGACACUUUUGAGCUUUGGUUCGGCUGAAAAUUUAGAAUUUGUGGCCUGCUACCAGAAACAUAGUUAGCCUCAAUCUCUUUUUUUCAUAGAUGGUCUUCACUUGUGGAGAUUCAAUGAAUUUAAAUAGGGAGUGUUAUCAUUCAAAACUCUGCAACUCUUUCAAGCUCUGAUGAUGUCAACUUCUUUAACCUCGUUACCAGUGUAUAUGAAAAAUAUCUCUUAAUUUUUUUUACAUUUUCUCUUGAAAAGAACACUUCAUCCUCAAGUAAACUCAGGGAUCAAUACAAUCAGAUUUUCAUGAAAUGGAUGAGAACAUCUCCUUCACAAUUUGUAGCACUGAUCAACAGUUAACUCAGAACAUGUUCGUACUAAAAGCAAUAUAUUUUAGCUUAAUUGGACAUUUUUCAGGCAGAAUUCUUUAUCAUCAAUUAAAACCUCUACUGCACAGACUGUACCAUCAUUCACAGUUGUAAUUUAUCGAUAUUAUACAGCCUCUGCAACUGAGAAUUUUUCAAUUGUUCCAAUUGCAUACUUUGU